AAAUCACCAAAUUUACUUCAAUAUAACCAAAUUUAACGCAUAAAAUACUAAUUUCUAUUACAAACUAACACAAAUUUCAACUCAAAUUUCUAAAUUUUAUCAAAACAAGAACAAAGUUUAAUGUAAAAAAUCAUAUCUUAUCUCCCUUUUUUAUGUACUACCUUCUUAAUAUUAUUAUUGUACUUGGUGGUGGCACAAUGUUUGGAUUGUACAAUCCAAAUUCAAUUGAAGAUUGUCAGAUUGUGGUUGCCUCUCUCUGUUUGCUUUGUUGCUUGGCCUUCUUUAUGAAUUCCAGAGAGAAGAAAGAGGAAGAAAAGAAAUAUCAGAUUAAAAAACGCUAAAUCAUCUAGUACUUUUAUGAACACAUCAAUUGUGAAAAUAAAGUUCCACUCGAACUUUUCUUAAAUAUUUUAAAUUAAAUUAAAAUUAGAUUAAAAAAAAAACUCGUGAUACCCAUGCCAGAUGACCCAUUUCCUUCGUCCCCCUUUACUAGGGGUGGCAAAACGGAUUAACGAAUCGAGUUCGAACGAGUAAUAAAUAGGUUUGAAUUUGAGUUGACCCGUUUAUUAAUUAGUGACUCAUAGGUAAACUCAAACUCGUUAUUUUAAUAAACGGAUCAUAUAUGGGCACCCAUUUAAAAAAAUAAUUUAUUUAUUUUAAAAAUUUUAAAACAUUUCAUAAUUCAUAUAAUUGACAAAUAUUUUUUUUUUAAAGCACUCUGUAGCAGGGGCCAGGGGGAGGACGUGAGGGCCAUGAGGCUUCGUGCUCUUAAAGCACCACGGGAUGAAAUGUCAGGUGUUGAAUCCUCAACAGUCAACACCCAAGGGCAUCAUGAAUGGAGUACAGAGGGAAAAAGCAGAGAGAGAGAGAGAGAGAGAGAGAGAGAGAGAGGUUAUUGGUGUAUGAAGCUGUGGAUUUCAGGGGGAGUCGCCAUGGGAGAUCUGGCGAUAGUAUUGUGCAGAGAGAGGGAGACUGCCCCCUGGGAAAAUCUCUUACUGGACGCCCGGGAAAAGGAUGCUCAGAUUGAGGACACUGUCCCACAAAUUGAUUUCCUCGGGCAUGGCUUGCUUCCUAAGCCAGAAUCGAAGAGGCAGAGAAUUCAAAUUUGUAGGAGUAGAAAACUUUUCCUGCUUUCAUGUUUUCCAUUUUCUCUUUUGAUUUUCCCUGACAUGUUGUUUUUUCUUUAGUGAUCGAAACAUCCUGAUCGAUUCAGUUCUCAGGUGGUCAACGACGCGUGACCUCAGGUAAUCUGCCCUCGUAGUUUUUGGGAUCGAAAUUACUCGUUACUCUUCUGCUUCUGCGCCGCUCCUCGCUGUGAGCCUGUGAUUCUGUAUCUGUGAGGCCGUGACUCGUGACGGAGAUCCGCAGAUGGACAGAUUGAGAUAGAUUAGGGAGUGGGGGAGAGGCUUCUGCUUGCUGCUGCGCCGCGUGCUGGUGCUGCUAGGGUUAGGUUUCAACUUUCAAAUGCCUUUAGGUUUCAGCCUUCCGCAGAAACAGAAUUUAAAGUAUAUAUAUAGAGGCAGAUAAACGGGUCACUCGGCGGUGAUCCGACCCGAAUUCGUCUAAUCCAUUUAAUAAAUGGGUCAAGUUCGAUCGAGUUGAUUAGUUUACUCAACCCUAAUUUAAAUGGAUGGAUGACGAAUCAUCCAUCAAAAUUCGGCUGCCACCCUGACCGCGUGUAAAAUCACAAUGAAUACCGGACUGUAAGACCGAGGGUCCGAUAAUUCAAUAAUCGCUCUGGGUUAAAAAAAAUCUGUUUAAGGUGGCAUUUAAUUUUCAUCGGGGAACAGGCUCCGCACUUUAUCAUUGCUUCGCUGGACCGAGAUUGGCAGGAUGCCCGUGAAAUCUUUACGCAUGGAAGCCUCACCUUGAUAGCCCGUUCCUCUCGCCUCUUUCCGUCUAGAAGCAUCCCGUUCCUUCUAAGUAUUGUUGUCGAUUUUCAAUUAUUCGGUGGAAAAGAUGUUUGGAAUCUCUACUAUGGGUUAUGAAAAUAACAUGAAGUCCAGUGGAGAAGAUCUGUUAAGUGCCGUGAAACCUUUGAUGAAACUUCUCUCCCUCACUGUUAUUGGACUGGUUCUUGCGCAUCCCAAAACACAAAUCAUCCCAAAAGCUACCUUUAAGCUCCUUAGCAAGCUUGUGUUUGCUUUGUUCUUGCCAUGCCUUAUCUUUAUCCAUCUGGGUGAAUCAAUAACACUGGAUAACGUUGCCCUUUGGUGGUUUAUCCCUGUUAAUGUGUUGGUUAGUACCAUUAUUGGCUGCAUCCUGGGGUAUUUAGUGGUGGUUAUUUGUCGCCCACCUCCGCAAUUCACCAGAUUCACCAUUAUCAUGACUGCAUUUGGCAAUACGGGAAAUCUCCCUCUAGCCAUCGUUGGUUCUGUUUGUCAUACAUCGGAUAAUCCAUUUGGACCAGAUUGUCAUAGAAAAGGAGUGGCUUAUGUAUCUUUUGCCCAAUGGGUUGCCGUAAUUCUUGUUUAUACCCUUGUUUAUCACAUGAUGGAGCCUCCAUUGGAGUAUUAUGAGGUUGUUGAGGAAGGAGGUGACAUUGAGGAAGCUCCAUCAACUAAUGAUGUUAGUAGGCCCCUCCUUGUGGAAGCUGAAUGGCCAGGCAUCGAGGAUAAAGAAACUGAGCAUUCCAAGAAGCCCUUUAUUGCUAGGGUUUUUAACAGCCUUUCGAGUGUUUCACAGACUAAUUUUCCCGAUCUUGAUCUCUCUGGGGAGAAGAGUGGGAACAGUCCGAAAUCCAUUAGGUGUUUGGCUGAGCCUAGAGUUGUUAGGAGGUUUAGAAUUGUUGCUGAACAGACUCCAAUACAGCACAUACUUCAGCCCCCAACAAUUGCGUCCCUGUUUGCUAUCAUUGUUGGGAUGGUGCCUCAGAUAAGAACUGUUGUCUUUGGAGAUGAUGCUCCAUUAUUGUUUAUCACGGACAGUUUAGAGAUCUUGGCUGGAGCAAUGGUGCCUUCUGUGAUGCUUAUUCUUGGAGGUAUGCUAGCUGAGGGGCCAAAUGAUUCCGCACUUGGGCUUCGAACCACAAUUGGUAUCUCUGUUGCAAGACUUUUGGUUCUCCCCUUGCUAGGAAUUGGGAUUGUCACAUUGGCUGAUAAAUUGAAUUUUCUGGUCCAUGGUGAUCAAAUGUAUAAAUUUGUGCUUUUGUUGCAGUACACAAUGCCAAGUGCCAUUUUAUUGGGAGCAAUUGCCAGCUUGAGGGGCUAUGCAGUCAGCGAGGCCUCGGCACUUCUCUUCUGGCAGCAUGUCUUUGCCCUCUUCUCCCUUUCCCUCUAUGUUGUCCUUUAUUUUAAAAUGCUCUCCGCUAUUUGAACCAUGUAUAGAUUCUUUGUUGCUCAAGGUUUGUAUGGUGAUCAAUUAGCAAUAAGUGCUGUUGGAUUACCAGUGUCUCCAUGUUCAAUUAUUCUGUGUCAUGUAAAUGUAAUGAUCUAAUGCACUUGCUCUGUCUGAUUUUCUGCAAACUGCCAAUGGAGGUGACAGAUUUGUCUUUUGGUAAA